AUGAAGAAAUGUCAGGUUUAUAUCGCAGCAUCGAGUCCAUCUGUUUUAACUGUCUCUACAGUACAUUCCGCGGCUGUUCCGAGACUGCUUGGUUCUAUAUCUGAUGUUACCGACACGACUCCUCCGUCUUCACUUAAGAUUCUUAUCUUGAGCUACAUGAGAAGUGGAUCCACUUUGUGUGGAGACAUUUUACAGGCACACCCAGAUGUGUUUUAUGUCUACGAACCUCUACUAUAUUUAUGGGAUUACUACGUGCCACAUAAACAUCUCCAAGGGGCCAGUGUCAGGCAAAGAACAAAACACUUCUGGCGUCAGAGCAAACCCUACCUGCCAGAACCACUCGACUUUCUGGACUACAUGUUUGGAUGUAACAUGACUACGUACAACGUGGAGUUCCUCACAAAUGUCUGGCACAGCUGGGACUUCAGUGCCGUGGAUUGUUUUAACAGAUGGGAACACGGGAACGUUCUGGUGAACUUGACUCAGGAUUGUGUUGACAGACUUCAUCAAAGAUGCCUGAACAAGACGAUCGUGCAGAAAGUUGUACGUCUCUCAAUGGCUGAAGCAGACGUCUACCUACAACGAGAUCCAGACGUGCGGAUCAUCCACCUGAUCCGUGACCCGAGGGGCAUCUUGCUGUCUAGGAUGCGUUUCAACCAGAAAACUAGUGGAGAAAUGCACAAGAAUUAUACAAAUAUCUGCCGACGGAUGUGGGAGGACAUCAGAGUCUCGCGAGAAAUCGCCGAGAAACACUGGGGUAGAAUACUGACCAUCCGAUAUGAAGAUCUGGCCCAGCAUCCAUUUUCUCUGACCACGAUCUUGUAUCGGUUUGUUGGACUGGAUGUUCUUCCAGGUGUGAAGAGUUACGUUCGCUCAAUAACUAGUUCAGAGCGAUUCAGGAGCAACGGAAAAGUCAUGGCAAAAAAGACAGCGCGGAAAUACCCUUUCAAAACUGCAUAUCGUUGGAGACACGAACUUCCGUUUCCACUGGCCAGAGAGGUGGACCAGACGUGCAGGAAGGUCUUGAAUGCUAUGGGAUACAUCUCUUACCCCACUGAACAGCAACUCCGAAACGUAAACAUUCCAGCUAAAUUGAACUCUUACGGCAAAGGCCUAAUGACAGCUCAAAUGGUUUAA